AUGGCCAUGGCCUUCCUCUCCCGGCUGAAUCUUCAGGAAAUCCUCCAGACCCUCUCUGUUUUGCAGUGGGUGCCAGUCUACAUCUUUUUAGGAGCUAUUCCUAUUAUCCUUAUACCCUACUUUCUGGUGUUCACUAAGUUCUGGAUGGUGUCUGUGCUCGCCUUAGCCUGGCUCGCCUAUGACUGGAACACCCACAGUCAAGGUGGUAGACGUUCAGCUUGGGUACGAAACUGGACAAUCUGGAAAUAUUUCCGAAAUUACUUCCCAGUAAUGCUGGUGAAGACUCAUGACUUCUCUCCCAGACAAAACUAUAUCAUUGCCAGCCACCCCCAUGGCAUACUCCCUUAUGGUAUCUUCAUCAACUUUGCCACUGAGACCACUGGCUUUGCUCGGAUUUUCCCAGCCAUCACUCCUUAUAUAGCGACCUUGGAAGGGAUCUUCUGGAUCCCAAUUGUGCGAGAAUAUGUGAUGUCAAUGGGUGUGUGCCCAGUGAGUGAGUUGGCCUUGAAGUAUUUGCUGACCCAGAAAGGCUCAGGCAAUGCUGUGGUUAUUGUGGUGGGCGGAGCUGCUGAAGCCCUCUUGUGCCACCCAGGAGCCUCUACUGUCUUCCUUAAACAGCGUAAAGGUUUUGUGAAGGUGGCACUGAAGACAGGAGCAUACCUUGUCCCUUCCUAUUCCUUUGGACAGAAUGAAGUUCACAAUCAAGAGACCUUCCCUGAGGGCACGUGGAAAAGGUUCUUCCAAAAAACCUUCCAGAACACAUUCAAAAAAAUCCUGGGACUAAAUUUCUGUACCUUCCAUGGCCGGGGCCUCAUUCGAGGAUCCUGGGGAUUCCUGCCUUUCAAUCAUCCCAUUACCACAGUUGUUGGGGAGCCCCUGCCAAUUCCCAGGAUAAAGAAGCCAAACAAGGAGACAGUGGACAAGUACCAUGCACUCUACAUCAAUGCCCUUCGGAAGCUGUUUGAUGAGCACAAAGUUCAGUAUGGUCUGUCUGAGACCCAGGAGCUGACAAUUGUCUAA